CCUGCAAAGAAGAGCCUCUAGGGAGCCGCACCAGCCAGUAUGAACACGCUGACCCUGCUGAGCUUCCUGGCAGUGGCCGCGCUCUGUCUUUGCCGUGCAGAUGACUCUGCUCCCUCCAACAGCGCCAAGGAGUCGCCCAGCGUUGAAGCUUUCAUCUCCAAGCGGGACAGCGCAGAAUUAGUGAAGAGGCACAGGAGGGACUAUAACAGGUUGUCUGGAGCCGCUGUUCCGACUAAAGACCCCUUUGAACCCUAUCGAGAAGUUUGUGAGCUCAGCCCCCAGUGUGACGAGUUGGCUGACCAGAUUGGCUUCCAUGAAGCUUACAGAAGAUUUUACGGUCCCUUGUAGGGCACCUGCCCUUAACCCCCCCCCAAAUGGAGCACAAUGGGGAACGGAAAGCAGCUGGGGGGGG